CCUCAACAUGACCGAACAAACAAUAUGAAUAUAGUCUGAGAAGGGAUUAAUUCAAUUCAUGACUUAUAUGGAUUUCUGUACGCAGUAAUAUAUUUACGAAUAUUAACUAUGUCACAAUGAAAGAUAACUGCAGGAACUAUUGUUGUUACAGAUAAAUAUCUGUUAAAAUUCCUACUUUCAUUUUGAUAACUGGACAGCACAAAUGGUACAAGAUGACACACGAUGAGAUGACACGAAGACUGAGGAUGAAAUCUGAAGUCUGGGAGACUUUAAAAAAGACUGUGAAAGCUCUCAAAGAACCCAAGAACAUAUUACUACUGGGCAGCUUCGGCACUGGGAAAUCCUCGUUUAUAAACACCGUUAUAACAACAUUAACGGGGAAGAAUGACUAUUACGUUGACAUUGGUUGCGGAAGUAAGCACAAUACAACCAGAUUCCAGAGGAUAUCACGUGAAGAGUAUUGGAACCCUGAUGAAGAAGUGGACAAAUUUUUAAACCUCCCGGCUUUCAUCGACAUCAUAGGAAUGGACCCCCUGCUGUCGACAUCAGAAGAUAAAGAAACGGUCAACAGCCAAAUCAUGAACCUUGCCAUCAACGGCAAACUGCCGGAGGACGCCGACCUGCUCGAUCUGGGGAAGAAACUCAAGGAUAAAAAACAAUUAAAAGAAAGACCAGAAGAAAAAACGCUAUCUGUGGACAUAAUCAUCGUUGUGAUAUCAGCGGAAAAUCCAGAUAUUCCCCAGGCCCUGAUUGACGAAAUCUACAAAGAGGCCAACGUUAAAAAGAAACAGAUCCCGGUGUUUGCUGUCAUAACAAAGGUAGAUAAAUGUGCCCUGUCUGAGCAGGAACUAGAGGGCAAAAAAACAGAGAUUUGCGAAGCAAUUGGCAUCGCCUCUGACAAAGUCUUAAUGUGUAGCAAUUACCAACCCAAUCAACCACUGGAUACAAAUAAAGAUAUCAGUGUAUUGGAAUUUUUGACAAAGCUGUGCAAUCCCCGUUUCAAGGCUGUUACACUACAGAAGAUGGAAUGUGAGGAGCCAGAACCAGAACCAGAGCCCGCCCCAGUUCCUGGUCCUUCUCCACCCAAAAAUGAUUCUCCUUUUGGUGUAAAGUUACUGCAGGGCGCUUUUCUUUGCCUGGUGAUCGCUAUCCUUUUAGGCAUGAUAUUGCACCUUUUGUCCAAGGACAGAAAAUACAAAAGUUAAAGAUACAUUAUAUACUUUUCAUACUUUUCUGUUAAUACAGCAUUACUCUGGAAUAUUAUCAUGAUUAAUAUUUUUACUGUGUAUUAGGUAUUGUUUGUAAAUUUUAAAUAUUGUUUGUAUUUUGGGGCUGUGGACGUUUUGUUCAUUCAAUUUAAAAGUGUUCCUUAUUUCUUGUUACUUGAAUGUCGAUGUGUUACACACAGUACAUUGAGAGAUAAGAGAUGAAUUAUCUACAUUACAACACAUUAAUGUUUCUACUUUCGUAACAAAAAGUAGUUAAAAUCAUACAUCCGACCAAUGGGUAAGUCUUAAAACAUGUUUUGAAAUGAUUUAUAUGCAUUAUAACUCCAGAACUUUUACCAUGGCUAGGGUUAGAAUAACAAAAUUGUUUAAAUUAGCAUUUAGUCUGACUUUUAAUUUGUUCCUAUCUGAAUAUGUUACAAUGUAUUAUAAAGGAAACCCCUGUUCACAUUAGUCUUUUAAUUUUUCCUUGUUAGUUUCAAAUAGUGGGACUUAAUCAGUAUGAAUAAUGAUUAAAAAUAUACACUAUCAAGUUCUAAUUGGUGAAACGAGGCUCUGCGAACGAAAAGACACAACUUUAACUCUUAAAAUGCUUCCAAUUGCAUUUCUAAGCAAAAUUAGAUAUCAAAAUUAAUUUAGAUAGAUCAUGCCGCAAUCGUACUCUUCGCUUUUUUCAAAUAAUUAUUUAAAAUUUUAUUCAGAAAUAUGUCAACCUUUACAAUAUCUGAUUGGCCCCAGUCUGGACAAACAGUUAAAUCUUAACUAAAGAAAAUUAUAACAAACGAAUUAAUUCUUUAAAUUUCUGCUUGAAAAUUUCAAUAUUAUAAAUUCAAUAUCCAUUUCUUCGUGUUGACUUUGCUUAAAUUAUUGCUCGAUUUCUACUUCCAUCGAUUGCGUGUAUUCCUUUCAUUACUGGUAUGACGUAAAACUUUAUGUGGUGUAAUUAUCUAUUUCAAUUUUUUCUCACUUCGUGGGAGUUUUGUAGUUUACAGUAAAAAACUAACAAAAAAAAAGCAUUUUAAAAAUUUCCACAAAAAUGAAGUCCGCAACACAUGGUUUUAAAUAGUGUUUUAGAAACACUUAAUUAUACACAUUCCUAGAUAAGGUUUUCCUAAAAUCGGUGGACUUGAAAAGGUUUCAAAUAAGAUGUUUUUGUUUACAUUUUAUUUGUCCAAGAUUUUGACUUUUGUUGCAUUUAUCCUUUUUUUUAAUAGUUCAUCAGAAAUUAAUUGAAACGAAUCAUGAAAUAAAUAGUGACAUUGUUUUGGAAUAUUUUAAGCAUAAAUAGUCCCAAAAACAGUCACAUAAAAAGUACAUAUUUUCACGAAAAUAUUUACAUUUCAUCAGCAUGACAAUUUUAAAUUAUUGAACAUUGAGUUCUUCGACAUAAACAUUUGAGGCAGUAUGCAUUCUUUUGCUUGGAACUUAGACGUGAAAUUGAUGUGGUUUUAAAACUUUUACUGAUGACGUUCAUGGUAAAUUGAAGAAUAAUGAGCGCGGUAUCUCUUUGAUCUCGGCAUUUUCUGUAGUAGAAUUAAAUAUAGUUAUUGAUUUACUAGCUGUUAAUAUCUAUAGCUGAAAAUUCUCAACAGUUUAACUAUAUAUAUCUUUUAUUUUAUAUUGUUAUAGGAAAAAUUUUGUUAAUAAAAUUCAACCAGCAA